CAAACUCUGAAAAAAAAAAGUGAGAAAAAUGGAAGAUGGUAUUAGUGAUAUUGCAAAUUUUGGAUUUUCCAACUCUGGAGGAGAUCAAGAAUUGAAAGAAGAAAGUCAAGAAAAUGUUGGAGAAAUGAGUAAAGGUGACAAAGAAGGUGGGGUUAUUAAUAAUUUAAUUUCCAAUUUGAUGAGUCCAAGAGCAGGGGAACCUAAAAACAAAGAAAGAAAUGAUCUUUUUGAGGCUUAUGAUAAGGAGAAAAGUAGUGAUGAGAGUAAUGGAGGUGGAGGGAUAAUUAACAAUUUGAUCUCCAACAUUUUUCAUCCAACUGAAAAUUCUGUGGAGAAUCAAGAAGUACAAAAAGGUGAGAUGAAGAAAACAGAGGAAGAAAGUGGGAGUGUUUUGGAUAAUAUUAUGUCUCACUUGCCAACCCCUCUUGCAGAUGAUGCAGUUCCAGCUACAGAUGAGGCUUCAAUCCUCAUUCAUUCCAUUGUUCAUGACUAGUGUAGAAGUUGAUUAAUCAAGUGGGAGUAAUCAAUCCUCAUUCACUCCAGACAGGUGUGUUUUGGUUUGAAGACAAGUUAUGCUGAUUAGUUUUUUCUUAUUGAUUUGUUGUAUUAAUUUGGAUAUUUGAUUUUGAUUACUCAUGUGGAGCUGAUUCAAUCUGACCCAUUACCUCGAGUUCUAAGAGGAACAGUAUAUUUAAUUUGUGGAAUCAGAAUUUUAUUUCCCAAUGAAAUAGAAUUGGAUAUCAACAUUU